AUGGAUCCAUGUGGAGGACUUGCCGGCUGCAAUGAAGGAAAGUUCCCUGUGAUUUUCAACUUGGCUACGGAAGCAGAUAUUACCAGUAAUGCCACAUGUGGGGAAACGGGCCCAGAGACCUACUGCAAGCUGGUGGAACAUGUCAAGCAGCUUAUGAUGAAGAAUUACCAAUGUGGGAUAUGCGAUGCUAAUGGUGAUUUGCCAUACCAGCGUCAUCCUAUUCAGAAUGCCAUUGAUGGGUCAAAUCGGUGGUGGCAGAGUCCAAGUUUAGCCAAUGGAUGGCAGUAUGAUUGGGUGACCAUUACACUGGACCUUGGCCAGGCUUUUCAAAUUGCUUAUGUGAUAGUAAAAGCUGCCAACUCCCCCCGUCCAGCAAACUGGAUCCUAGAGAGAUCAGUGGAUGGAAUCACAUUUACACCUUGGCAAUACUUUGCUCUCAGUGAUGGAGAGUGCUGGAAUGCCUUUGGGGUCCCCCCUACAGUGGGAAGACCACGCUACAGGAGGGAUGAUGAAGUUAUCUGUACUUCAUUCUAUUCCAGGCUGGAUCCUAUUGAGAAUGGAGAGAUCCACACCUCAUUGGUAAACGGACGCCCAGGAGCUGUGAAUGGACCAAGUGACUUAUUAUUGGUGUCAAGAGAGGUGAUGACCCACAUGUUAACUGUGACCUGUUAA